AUGUCCGUCUCAGACGAAAAGGCAUCCAAGACGAGCGGCUUGACGCUGUCUCAAAUCCUUGACAAAGACGCGUCUCUCAGAGAAAAUCUCGUGGCCAAGACAGCGCCCGAGGACGAAGUAUCCGAUGAAGAACACGAGGCUGGCGCAAAGGAGGGCUACUGCAUAGAGUGUGAAGAUCAGCCGGCCGAGUUGCAUUGUAAAGAGUGCCAGGAUAACUUUUGUGCAGUCUGCUUUGCAGCUCAGCACCGGAAAGGAACACGAAAGGGUCAUUUUACGAGCCCUCUGGCUAGUGCUGUUCCCAAGGCGUCAAAGCCUACAGCAGCAACUGCUCCUGUGGAAUCACAAAAGGAUGAAGAUAUGGAUGAUGCCGCAAUGGAAGACACUGAAGACGUUGUGCCAGAGGCAUCAACCUCGACAAUCUCUAGAGAAGAAUAUGUGCGUAGGGCAAAGUUUAUUCCUUUACGCCUAACGUACGGAGAGCGAAAAUACUUGCGUCUACUCGAGGCGGCACUCACAGUGUCAGAAUAUACCGACAGAAUUGACGUCUAUGUCUUCAACAAGGCAAGCACGAGUAAUAAAUUGUCCAAAGCCAAGCGAAUCGUCCAGCAAAUCCGGGAGAUAUGCUCGAUCAUCUCCGGUCUCCUCGUAGCUGCCGACUACAAAGAGGGACAAGAACUGUUCGAGUCUCGCGACUUUAGCGCGAAUGCAGACUUUUACCAGCGAGUCUUUGAACUAGGACGGCGUCACAAGAUUAUGAACCCAGACAAGAUGCGAAAUACAUACGGAAAACUCAUCUACAUGCUCCAAGAUUCGCAGAUGCCAGAGAUCCAAGACAUGCUGGGUUUCACUGCGGUUUCGCCCAUCAAAACUGUGUACAGUGUACUGGAGGCUGGUGGUGCACUUGAUAUGCUACGAGAGGAUAUCAUCGACAUUGCGACUCAGGAGAUUAGCGCGGAGAAUCGGUCUAGACGAGAGAUUCAGUCUGCAAUCAAAGCAAAGGAACGAGCAAUAGAAAAACUCGCCUACAAGUACUCCCGACAAACGGAGAUGCAAGAAGAGGAGCUCAAACAAUGUCUCUAUUCCAUCGGCGAUAAUAGCGCGUUCUUACGCGUGAACCGAGACCCUUGUCAGCGCCUUAUUCAGUAUCUCAAACAAUAUUUCCACCCAACCACUCCUCAGCAAGGUCGAAGUUUAGCCAUUCGGAUCGGAAAGGGUGGUGCACGGUUGACUCAUGGACAUGAGAAGCAAUUUUCCUACGUCCUACAAAGUCUUACCCUUUGGAGGGAGAUUCUAGGAGACAUGUUUGAACUGUGGAGUCUCGCCGAGGAUGACCUCCUCUCGGACACAAUCUCCUACCGACUCCGCGAUACGGGCCAGGGUCUCAACAGAGUGCAAGCGGCACCCAAAACCGCACGAAAGAUGCACGGUAUCCUAAACAGGGCUCAAUCGAGCAUCGGUUACUGGGUUGGAAGCUCCGUCAUACACAUGGGUGAUCACAAUGUGCCCAACGCCCAUUUCUUCCUCGACAAGUACACGCAGGUCUAUCGCAUCACUAAUCCAAUAUGCAACACCCUUGGAAAGAUUCCAGAGUUAAUGAAGAAGCCGUCAUUGAAGAAGUUUGUCGAGGCCGAAUUUGGUUCGGAGGAAGAACUCAUGGUUGAGAUUCUCGGCGACUUUUUCAGACAUGGUUUCGACGGUAGCGGAGCUGAUUCGUACUUUGACGCUGGGUCGUGUAUUGAUGGCCGGCUUACAUCUGCAUGGGAGUGGUGUAAUAACCUGGAGAAGAAGCGAUACUUUCCCGUCUUUUUGCUCACGGGAUUCUGGUCGUUUGAUGGUGAAUGGUAG